GCUGGGGAAGAGAGCGAUAUUAGUGGUCCUGCUAUCUGUGGCUGUGUGGAUCUACUUCCUCCCCUCGCCCAUAGACCCUCAGCCUUACACAUUCAAGGGACCCCCUCCGCUCCUGGAGGGCCCACUGGCUGUCAACACCAGACUACAGAACGGACGCAGGCUGUUCACUGGACAACUACACGGACCAGAAUCCUUCACUGCUGACCAGGAGGGUAACGUGUACACAGGGACGGUGGAUGGGAAGCUGUGGAGGAUCCACCAGGAGACUCUGACCCUCAUCGCCCACAUGGGACAGGACUUGCAGGAGUGUGGGAGCAGUACAGACUAUGAGCCAGUCUGUGGUCGUCCUCAUGGGGUGCGGUUGGACAGUGGUGGUCAGCUGAUCGUAGUGGACUCCUACUUUGGACUGUUUUCUGUUGACCCCCAGACUGGACACAAGACCCUGCUACUGGACAGCAAGACAGGAGCUGACGGGAUCCCGUUCUCGUUCCUGAACGGGCUGGAGAUCUCCUCUCAGACUGGGAUCAUUUACUUUACGGACUCCUCCUCUCGCUGGGGACGACGGCACGUUAAACUGGAGGUGAUAGAGACCAACGCUCUGGGUCGUCUCCUGACCUUUGACCCUGCGUCAGGGCGCGUGGGUGUCCUACUGGACGGUCUGUACAUGCCCAAUGGCAUCGCCCUGUCACCUGACGAGAGCUUCCUGCUGCUGGCCGAGACCAGCAUCGGGUGUGUCCUCAGAUACUGGCUGACAGGCCCCAAGGCUGGCACCAAGGAGGUCAUCCUGAACAAUAUGCCCGGUUACCCUGACAACAUCCGCCUUAGCGACCGUGGAACCUUCCUGGUUGGCCUGACGACCACACGCUUCAGGAAGCUCGUGCCUCCGUUCCUGGACCUGAUUGGUCCGUACCCAGCGGUCAAACGCUUUCUGGCUAAGGUGGUUCCUCUGAGCUGGUACAACAUGCUGUUGCCUAGAUACGGCCUGGUGUUGGAGUUGGACGGCGAAGGGGAGGUGGUGGGGAGUCUCCAUGACCCUACAGGCAGCCUGACCUGGGCCGUCAGCGACGUGUUCGCCCACCAGGGGAGACUCUACCUGGGUAGCACCGACCUGCACUUCCUCCCUGUCCUGGAGGACUGGAGCUAACCGCUAACCGCUAGCUGUCUACUGUAGAUAACAGACUGGGAGGAGGAGGGGGAGGAGGAGGUACGGUAGGGGUCCUGGGUCUACUGUAGAUAACAGACUGGGAGGAGGAGGAGGUACAGUAGGGGUCCUGGGUCUACUGUAGAUAACAGACUGGGAGGAGGAGGAGGUACGGUAGGGGUCCUGGGUCUACUGUAGAUAACAGACUGGGAGGAGGAGGAGGAGGAGGAGGUACGGUAGGGGUCCUGGGUCUACUGUAGAUACCAGACUGGGAGGAGGAGGAGGAGGAGGUACGGUAGGGGUCCUGGGUCUACUGUAGAUAACAGACUGGGAGGAGGAGGAGGAGGAGGAGGUACAGUAGGGGUCCUGGGUCUACUGUAGAUACCAGACUGGGAGGAGGAGGAGGAGGAGGUACGGUAGGGGCCCAGAACAGCAGUGGUCCUCUCCUCCAACCCUGCUCUGACUGAGGUUCUCCACUAGGACCAGUAGAGGGCAGCAGAGAGACAGAACAGCAGUGGUCCGCUCCACCAACCCUGCUUUUAUUGUCCCGUACCCCUUCAAACAUUCAACCUACCCCGUUCUAGCACCAGGAUCAGCGAACUCUCAAAUGUUUUUUUGCCAUCAUUGAAAGCCUGCCACACACACACACACACACACACACACACACACACACACACACACACACACACACACACACACACACACACACACACACACACACUGUUGGCGCCGGAGGAGAUGGCCGCCAUUUUACGGUCUCCUAACCAAUUGUUCUAUUAUGUGUAUGUUUUUCCCGUGUUAUUUGUAAACUUGAAACCCCACCUCUUUAAGGAAUACC